CCUCAGUUUCAUUUUCUGUGUCUGAAGGCUUCCAGGCCUGCCCUGGCAGGGGUCGCUGUGUCACACCGACUCACAGACACCAGCCUCCUGCCUCACCUCCCUCUCACUGCCUUAAGAAUGGGGCUGGCGCCCUCCACAGAGGAGAAGCUUCAGUUCCGGGAGGCAGUGGGAGCUCACAUCUAUGAGGCCAUGGAGAGGAACGGCGCCCUGCCGGACGUGGGCAUUGACCGCUCCCUGCUGGAUAACUCCGGCCUGGCCUCCAGGGCGGCGAUGCAGGACUACUUCAAGCAGCUGAAAAAGCACGUCGACGGCAAGGCGCCGGCCUACCUGAAGGAGCUGAUGGGCAAGCUGGCUUCCUUCACAGACGAGCCCAAGAUAACUGGCCUGCUGACCCUGGUGAUCUUCAUGGUGAUCGAGACGGCCUACGCCUCCUCCAGGCGGUCCCCACAGGGCGCAGUAGCGGCCGCGACGGCUGAGGAGAGGCUGUCCGAGCUGCAGAACCUGAUGGAGGAGUACCUGAAGCGCCACCGGAUGCACCUGUCGGACGUGCGGAAGCUGAGGGAGGACACGGAGCGCCUGGAGGCCCAGGUGAGCUUCCAGCUGACGCAGAUCAAGAACGCCAUGCUGAGGGAUGGCCACAUGAGCUCCAGGACGCUCAAGUACUGGGUGAACGGAGUCGCAUUCCACGUACAGAUGCUGAUCCACCUGGCCCGGCUGGACCGGCAGGGCGGGGAGGCCGUCCGAGCCGCCAUCAGCACGUACCAGGAGGACCUGCUGGAGCUGCUGCCCAAGUAUCAGCAGUACAAAGCCGCCACCAUUGACAUCUCAAAGCGCAGGGAGCUGCGAAUGGUAGAGGACAUGUCGGUGGAAGGGUCCGUGACGGGGUACAGUGUUCACGACAAAGAGCUUGGGAAGUCUGUCAGCGUGCCGCUGCCGGAUGACACGCCCCCUGCCUGCACCCUGCUGGACACCUCCUUCUGCACGCAGGCGUACCUGGAGCACAUGAUCACACACCACGGGCAGAUCGCCGAAAUCAAGGCGUACCUCUCCGAGACCCUGGGAAACCUUCACGCGCUUAUUGAUCAAAAUAAUGACUACCCGCCGCCUACCAGCAGCUCUUGAAUGAGAUCGGAGCUGACCUGAGGGGGGGUAAACUUGCCUGAAAGCCUUGCGUUGCCCCCAUGCAGAAUGAUACCUCCCCUUCUGCAGUCUGAUAGAUGGGUUCCCGCUGCCUGUCGCUAUCAAAAAACACAGCUGCGCAGGAGAUUAAUGGAUUUGUCUCGGCUGAUUUGAUUCACCAAGUGCUGCGUGUGCAGUCUUGUGUUGCUCCUGAAAAGGAGGGGAUGAAGCCCCAAGAUAAACGUCGGUAAGAGACGGUAACAACGCUGCCCUUCCUGUCUGAUCCCCAGGAUGGGACUGGUCAACAGCACAGCAUUACAGUGAAACACAGCACAUCUAAUAUCUGAAACCAGCUGAUUGAGGCUGUCAGCUGCUGAGUGAAAGAUCAAAUGGA